AUGACUGAGCAACUAAAAAUUCUACACUGGAAUUGCCAGGGCCUUGGCAAUAAAAAAAUGGAGCUUCUCCAAUUCGUACAAAACCACAAAAUCCACAUCAUCCUGCUAAACGAAACCCACCUCAAUCCGAAAACUGCUUUCAAACUCCCGAACUACCACACCUACCGAAAAGACCGAGCAGCACCACCAGGUCAGAGGAGCGCUGGAGGUACGGCCAUACUAGUGCUCAACAGGCUCAUCCACUACGAAACUAUCAUUCCGACAAACUCUAUCGAGAACACCACUGUCCACAUCCAAAUCAACCACCACGAGACGAGGCUUUCAGCUGUUUACAAAAGACCAGGAACAAUCCUCCAAACGGCAGAUAUCGACCUCCUGCUGGACACCGAGUUUCCGACCAUCAUCUCAAAACACCCAGCGUGGAACAGCAGAUUGGCCAACCAAGCCGGCCUAGCUCUCAAAAAUCACAUGAAUCGCCGUGACUAUACUAUCGUCGGGCCCGACUCUCCGACUCGUAUCCCUGACCAGCAAAACCAACUACCGGACGUAGACAAUCGUAAGAAAUCCGAUUUUUGA